GAGGUAACGCUAACAUCUUGGUUAUAUUUGUGAAGUUUUUUGUUUACACAACGCUUGGAAUGGAUGAAUUAUUCUGUGUAGGAUAGAAUCUAAAGUGUUCAGGCUUAUUAAAAAUGUUUUAUACCCAAGUCUAGUAAUUGGAAAUGGAAUCAUUGGUACCAUCAGAAAUUGCUAGACUAGUUUAUGGAUAUUUGAUUGAGGAAAACUGUGAAGCUGCUGCACAAUUAUUUCUAGAGACUUCUUCCAGUUUGAAGGAAUGUCUCACACUUCAAAAGAAAGGCCGAAAAUUUAACACCACUGUGUUGGGACUCUCAUUAGUGGAUAUUUUAAAUUUGUAUACUGAUGCUAUUUGUUUAGUGAAAAAUUACUUGGCUAGGGAAGAUUCUUUGAAUCAUGCUUUAAGUGAAUUUGUUAAAGAAUUAGGUAAUAUUUUAGUUAUAGAUCAUGAUAGUGGACGCAACAUCUCAAAAACUGUUUUUCUUCGAAUAUCUGUUCCAAACAAGAAGAAUGCUCGCCGAAAUUCAAUACACCUGGAAAGCAUCGAAGAGGAAGAGGAAGAAGAUGAAUCAGAAAAAGAAAGUCAACAUGGUGAGGAGAAAACAAAUAAUGUUAAUGAAGAAUUUGUUCCUGUUAAGAACAAUACUAACUCAAGCAGUGAUGAUUUUGAUUUAAAUAUAUUACAAUCUUUGAUUGACAAUACUGCCCUCCACGAAAGACUUGCUGAAAAUAUAAAUAAAGCUAUUGAUUCAAGUGGUGAGACAUCAAACCAUAAUAAAACAGAUGAAAAAAAGAUUAUUGAAACCAUUUUACAUAAUACUGAAGCUGAUCCUAUUUUUCACGACCUGUUGGAUGAGUUAGUCGCACCACGGACUGAAGACACAACCACACCAGAAGACACAGAUAAAGAGAAUGGUGAUCCAGCUGAAAAAAGGCCAGCUCCUAAUUUGGAUUCUGGACAUUUAUCUAAUGAGGAUCCAGAAACAUCAAAGAAAAUUGAAGAAGAAUCCAACCUUGCUAUAGAGGGCAUACUUGCUGGUAACAAGAAGAUGCAAGAAGAGAAAGUUAGUGAAGAACCUCAACCUACGGAAACUAUAGUAAUUUCUUCACCACAGGCCAUUGCAACUUCCAGCGGUAUCUACAAGCAGAGUUUCAUCAUUCCAGCUGGCUAUAAAGUUACUGAUGUGAUCCCCGCCUCCCAAAUAUCAACACCAUUGCAACCCAUAAAUGUGGCUAACAUUGCCACAUUUGGUCAUCUUUCUCCCAUUUUACCCCAGCCAGCCGGUGUCGCUAAACAAUCUGUGAGUAUUCGUGGUAGUCUUCAACCCCGCAGACGAAGAAUUCUUCCAAAAACAGAAAGCUUUGUUAUCCAAAUUCCUACCCAAGAUGAUCUAGUACAAGAAGUAAAAGUGGAAAUUCCUACUCCUCAAAAAGGACUUCCUGAAGGCAUCAAGGGAUCAAGAGUUCGGACUAGAGGAGGUAUUCAAAAAGUAGGCACUCGUGGAGUGAAAGCACUUGUUCCACGGAUGGCUAAACCAGUUGAUAAUAACAUUCUGGUAAUUUCUUCUCCAGGUGUUGGUAAAAAAUCUAAUAAUACUCCUGGCAUCCGAACUCGUGCAAUGUCAAAAAAACAAGAAAAAGAUAAAAAGGAUAUUGUGAAACCUUCUGUGACUGAAGUGAUUCAAAAUGUAUCAAAUGAAGAACCUCAACAGACUGAAUUGCCAACAGAAAAAGAUUCUUUGUCAGAGCAAAGUAAAGAAAAGCCCAAAGAAGAUUGUAUUAAUGAUUUAACUGAAGCAACACCUCAACAGCAAACCAUUCCAAAACAUCCAAGAGUAAGCUUUAGUACUCCUAGAAGAACUCAUGUUCGAGCAUUAGAUUUUGAAACUCCUGACAAAAACAUGACCUUCAGGAAAUCAAUGACAUCGCCUAAAGUCUAUCAACAUCAAAAGAAGGAACCCAGAGCCCUUGACUUCAUUAAGAGGGGUGGAAUGUUCAGUUCACCACCUAAAGAAAUGCCUAAGGAAGAUGAGAAGCUGCAAGAAAGUAAGAGUAAAAAAGGUUGGGAUUCAGAUUUAAGAAAUUUCAUGGUUUCUAAAGAAAACUUAGAUAUACCUACAUCAGUAGGUCUUAAGAGAAGAACUGGUGCUAAAAAAGAUAAGUCAGCAAAUCCUAAAAGAAAAACGACCAGAAAAAGAAUGCCUAAGAAGCUUCCUGAAAAGAAGAAUUCAAAUGAAGAGUUGGUAGAUCAAAUAGAAAAGGAAGUUAGAGAUGUUAUUGGAGAAGAAGAAAUGGCACUAAAUACAAGUCAAAAUAGUGAGAUUGGAAAUUUGAUAGAGAAGAAGUUGAUGGAAGAAAUGGAAAAAAAUGAUUCCUCUUCGUUGGAAAUUCUUGCUGAUAAACAAACACAAAGUGAGGCUUGUAAAAGUCCUGUUACUUCAGAAGAAAUAACAAAUCCAAAAGAAAUAAUAGAAGAUCAAGUAAGGAAAGAUGAUGCAGAAAAAACUUCAGAACCUCAAAUUCGUAAUAAUGAAGAUCGCACAAAUGAUGCUGAAAAACAUGAUGAUGGCACUAUGUCAGAAGAAUUUAAUACCUCAACUCCUCUAAAACUUGCAAUGUCUCCAGUAAAUGAAAAUAGCCGUGGACAGCUCACUCCUACAACAAAGCUUGUGAUGUCACACCUUGGAAAAAUAAAUACUCGAUAUCCCUCUGUAUUUAGUCCAACAUCCCAAUCUUCUCUUGAAAAUAUCUUAAUAAAAGAGUGUUCAAGGAUGGAGACAGAAAAAAAUGUAAGUAACCUUGCCCAAGAUAUAGAAAAGUUAAGUUCUCCUAAGUCGGACAGUUGUAGUAACAAUCAAACGACACAAAAUAAAGCUCCCGAGUCAAAGAAAGAUUCUUCCAAUGUCGCUGAUAAGGCAUUGACAUUCGAAUCAGUCUGUAAGAAUAGCAUUAAUUUAUUCCAUACGCCUGCCAAGUUCUUGUCUGCUCCUGUUCCUCCUGGCACUCCAGUCGAAAUGACUCCUUUAACCAAGGUUUUAGUUUCUGAAACAAGUUUUGCUGCUACAGUGUUAGUGACCCCAACUUUGCCACCUACACCGAAGAACUCGUCAUUGGUGACUCCUCAAAAGACUGAUGAAAGUUCUAUUGGUUCCAUAAAUUUAUCGGGUAAAGAAAAUGAUAAACCUGAAGAAGGCAUUGUUUCACAGAAAACUAAUCAAGAUAAACCAACGAAUCAAGAAAACACUCCUUUAGAAUCAGAUAUAAAUGUUAACAAACCUCCAACUUUGGUUAUAGAUCAUUCCAAGAACAAAAGUAAUGAUUGUAGUGAAAAAAAUAAAGUUCUUGUAGAAGCAUCUAAAGAUAUUGAUAUUGAUACAAAGACCUUGCCAAAUCCUGUUAUUGAAAAACAAACUUGUGCAACUCCCAAAAUUAAAUUAAUGAGUCCUAAAUUAAAUAAGAUUAAUGAACCACUAGUUAAAAAGAAAAGAGGUAAAAUUACAGAGCAACAUAAGAGUAGUGAGGGAAAUGUUUCCAAACAAACACAAGGAGUGCCUAAAUUAUAUUCAGAUAACUCAUUUGAUGGAAGAGACACUGAACAUGUUAUAGAUCUUGAGAAUAGUAACCAUUCAAUACAAUCAGAUACUAAAAGUUCAGAAAAAAGAAUUGAUGGAAAAAUGGAUAAAAAGCAGGGACCAAGAGAAACCAAGAAACAAACAUCAAAGAAAAAGACAUGUAUAGAAAGAAACAAAUCUAUAAAAAAGUCUCCUAAACAAAAUAUUGCAAAACCUAAAAAAUCAUCAGUGGAUGAAGAAAUGGAAUCUGAAAUUCGCCAUCUAUUAAAAGAUACUAAAGCUAAGCUGUUUGGUCCGGAUAAUUCUUCUGAUUCUGAUUCUUCUAUUAACAAUGAUGUGGAGCUGGAUCAAAGCAAUGUACAGUUGAAAACUGCAAGAGAAAGGUUGCAAAAGCUAGUCAAUAUUAGAAUGUUGGAUUCUUCAUCAUCAACAUCAGAUGAAUCAAGUGACAUUGAUGAAACAGUCGUCAAACUUAAUACCUCGGAAAAAGAGUCGAAAGAUGGUGAACCUAUCAAGAAACUUGAACAUUCCAUUCAGGAAGAGCAUGUGGAAUGUAAUCCUAUGAUAAUUAAACAUUCAGAAGGUUUUUUUUCCAAGCAGACUGAUGGCAGCAGCAGCAGCAAUAAGCUAAUAGAAAGCUCAAAAGUAAUAUCAAAAGAAAUUGAGGAAAGUUGUGAAAGCUUCCCAACUCUACAUCUUAGUGAAGAAAGUAAUCAGAGUUUGAAACUUGAUAACCAUUUAACUAAGUCUCAAAAGGCAAGAAAAUCUCCCCUAAGUGGAAAUGACUUAGUUGGAAAGAAAAGUAGUUCGUUACUGUCAACUGCCUCAUCUUCAAAGACCAAUGAACGAGUUAGUGUCGAAAAGACAGAGACAGCAAAUGAUCCAAGGAAAGUCUCUGACACUACUAGUGAAAUUGGAGACCAAACAAAUUUAAAUGUUAAACCCCAAAAUGACCAUGAGUCACAUAUGAAUGAAAGAGUUAUUCAUAUUUAUAGUGAAACUGUAAAAUCAAAAUUGUCUGAGUCAGAGGAAAAAAUAAUCCUAAGUAGAAACCAAGCUAUUUCAGAAUAUUUGGACAGUUAUGUUUAUUCUUUUACUUUGGAUGUUGACAAAUCGGGGAACUACUUAAAUAAGGAGUUGAAAUCGAGUCCCAUUUUUCAUUUAUUUCAUUUGGGUGAAAGUCAGCCUCUUGCUUCACACAGUAAGAAAGAUGACAGGAAGAUUGAGCCACCAAGAACUGACCAAAGAAUUCGUCCUAGGAGUAGUACAAGAAAUAGAAAACGGAACAGAUCUGCAUCUAGUGAUGAGGAUGAAAAAGAAAAACGAGACCACAAUAGAAGUUAUGGCAGUUAUAGAGAUGUAAGGAUUAGAGAAAGGGCCAGGGAUAAAUUUUUUAGGUACAAAAACACUUUUGAUCGAAGGGAUUCCUUUCCGAGAAAAAAGUACAGAGACAUGAGGAGUCAUCACGAUAGCAGGUAUCGUGAUUAUGAUCAUUAUUCCCCUUAUGACAAAAAAAGGUCUAGACACAGCUCUCCUGAACCUAGAAGAAAUAGCAAAAAAGAAGAACGAAGAUCUUUGGAAGAAAAAAUUCAAUCCAGCAAACAUAAAAUGUGUUCCAAUGUUAAUGAGAGUUUUACGAGUUCAAAAUCUGGUAGCGAAGGUGAUGAAAAACAUAGUGACGUGAACCGUACAUAUUCAGCUGAAAGAAGUUGUAUAGGUGAGAAGGAAAGGUGCUCUACCAGCAGUCAGAGGCUGGUGGUAGACGAUCAGCCAUCCCACUCAAGGUCACAGUCUCAGUCGCACGGUAGAACUUUUAAACUACCCUCAGCUGCUGACAGGGAGGAUGGUGAACUAUCUGAUUCUUCAGAAGUCAAGAGGAAAUGCUUAGAAGGAAGUAGGAGUGCUGUUAUUUCUCUGGAGGCUCAUGACAGUAGAGCGAAACUUCUAAAUAAAGUUGAUCUCGACCGAUUUUUAUCGAUUGUUCAUGGGGAGGAAGAAUAACGUUUUCAAUAUUUAGUUAGAUAACUUUUUAAUUGUAAUAUAUAUGUAAUAUAAUGUUUAUUAAUGUAAUGUAAAUAUUGUACAGUUUCAGAAGUGACUUGAAAAAUUGUGUGUAAUUAAUAGAUUUCAAAAAUCUAGUGCUAGUAAAUAGAUGUAAAUACAGAUUAUAUUUGAAUUAUAUGUAUUGUAAAGAUGGUCAAUACUAUUUUAACAACAGUACAAAUUUGAAAUUAUCAAUAACUGUAUUUAACAAUUGAACGUGUGAAAUAUUGUAUCAUAAUUUUAUAAGGCCAGAAAUCUUGUGAUUGUUUUCUUUUUCUAUCAAAAUUUAAUAAGCUCAAAUUCAUAUAAAAUUAAAGAACAAUAUUUUGUUACUUAUUUGGGUUUUCAAAGAGUCAAUAUUUAUUUUUGUCACCUUUCCUCAUCUUAGUUUUUUUUUUUUGUAUUAUAAUCUUUAUAGAAGUAGUAAAUAUUUAAUUUUGUAGAGGUUCUUUACCCUGAAAAACUGUUUUUAAAAGCGACAAAGUAACCAUACUGAGUGGCCAA